AUGCCGUCCUCGAGCUCCGCCCCGACGCAGAUCCGGUGCCAAGACAAGCUCCCCGGUGGGCCGUGCUACAAGCAGAACGACCUGGAGGCGCUAGCGUCCUACGCCUACAACGACUACUACCAGAAAAACUUUGCUACCGGCGCCACCUGCUACUUCAACGGCACGGCCGCGACCACCACCGCUGAUCCCAGCUCGGGCUCCAUGGCAGGAGGCAGCACGCCGGCCGCGAGCGCCCCCAGCGGCCUCUCCCCGCCGUCAACGUUCACGCCGGGCAUCGGGAGCCCCUCCAACACCCUGAUCCCUCUGGACGGCACCGAGAGCCCGGUGGGCGAUCUGCGCCCUGCUGCUGGCGUUGCCGCUCUUCUUCCUCUGACCAUCAGCGGCGGCGAUGAGAGGCUGUGCUUGCUAGUAGAGCGCUAG